CCCUCAGCCUGCUGAUGUAGCGGUACUAUAUCGACGACUCGAUAAGGUAUAGUAUCGUUCGAACGCUCAACACCAUUAAUGCACCGACGAUCUUGAAUGGUGUCGGGCUGACUGUGUUCGGGAAGUACAAACAACGUAGAAUAACGCAUUGUUUGCAUCACCCCAUCAUUCCACCGUCCCAUCACUUCGCAAUCUUACUCUGAAAGCUGAAAGUCUUACAACAUCCUCGCACUCUUUUCACACAACAUGGCUCCUUACGAUAGUCCCGUAAUAGCCCCAGGCUCCACCGUCCUUGUAACAGGGGCCAACGGCUUUGUUGGCGCGCACGUCACAGAUCAGCUUCUCCAGCAAGGCUACAAGGUGCGAGGCACAGUCCGAGACGCCAGCAAGCACCAAUGGCUCGCAGAUCGUUUCUUGCAACAGUAUGGCAAAGACAAGUUUGAUCUCGUGACUGUCAAAGACAUGAGGGAGCCCGGCGCGUUCGACGACGCGGUGUCAGGUGUCUCUGGAAUCGUGCACGUUGCCUCAGUACGAAGCAUGGAUGUCACACCAGAAGAAUUGCUCCGAACCACCGUGGUCGGAACUUUGGGCUGUUUGGAGGCCGCAGCCAAAGAGCCCAGUGUGAAGCGCUUCGUGCUGACGUCGUCGUCAGCUGCGGUUCGCUCGCUGCAAUCAUACCGAGGGAAUGAUACAGUGUCUGCGGAUGAGUAUGACGAGCAGACGCUGGCCUUGUCUAAGAACAUUCCAGAGUCGCUUCCACCGAUGCACAAGUUCAUGAUCGCGUACUUUGCUUCCAAAGUCGCGGCCGAAAAGGCCUUCUGGGAGUGGAUCAAGAACAACAAGCCGCACUUCUCUGCCAACGCAGUGCUGCCUUGUACUAUCUACGGCAGUCCGCUAGACGUGACCCACCAGGGCUUCCCAUCUACAGCGCGUAUUCCGCUCCAAAUCUUGGAUGGCGAUACCGACUCGAUCAAGCAUGUGCAGCGUUUCUACUAUGUCCACGUCCAGGACGUCGCUCGUCUUCAUGUUAUCGGCUUGAUCAACCCAGCCAUCAGCGACGAACGCAUCUUUGCGUACGCCUCGUCUUAUUCAAUCAACGAGUUCUUCGACAUCUUCGCGAAAGUUGUCCCAGGUUACAAGCCGCGGGACAAGCUCGAGGGUCUAGAUUUCCCGCUGGCGGAAAUCGGACCGCGAGCUAGGGCUGAAGCACUGUUGAAGGACUUUGGCCAGCCGGGAUUCGUGGGGCUGGAGGAGACAAUUACUGAUAGCGUCAAGACACGUAUCAAUGCUUCUUCGUAGCUUUAGCGGACGAUAAUCGAUUCCUGUGCUGCAUCUUUGCGCUUGAAUGCCAGAUGAGGAAGGAGAGUGAACGGAUCUUACCGCGUGCCUUUGUAUUCUCAUUGUGACUUGUACGUUUGCGGUUUAUCAACAAGGCAACGACGUGUAGUCCGGAGUUGUUCCGGAUAGAAAGAAGAUGUUGUAGAUGCAGUGCAGUGACGAGCGAUCGGGACAGCU